ACGUUUGUGAAUCGCCAACAACAUCCCAACUUCUACUCUUGCACUCUUCUUUUGGCUUAAUGUCCACUGGAGCCGGAGGCAUAAGGUGGUCUUCCUUAGCCUUUGGUGCGUAUCAGUUGAAUGCUGGAAACAGCCAAGAAAAUACGGGAGCCUUGCAAAGUUACUUCAUUUGGUUUCUGAAUAAAGCUUGGGUUUUAAGAAAUCCCAAAGAAGAUGUGACCAACGAAGAAAAUGCCUUGGAUGAAUGGAGGGUUUGCACAACAGAUCAAGUGGAGGAGUUAAAAGCAUUAAUCAGGCUGAUUCUACUCCGGUCCACAGGAAUCAUGUUUUCUAUGACUCUUAGCCAAGGUUCAUUUUCAGUGAUUCAAGUUGGCUCCGUAGACCGACACAUCACUCCAAACUUUGAAAUCCCUGCAGGCCCCUUUAGCAUCUUCCAACUCGUUUCUUUGGUGGCUCGAGUUUUUCUCUAUGAUCAAAUUCUUCUCCCUGUGGCAUCAAAAAUCAAAGGGAAACCAGUUCCUCUUAGCUUCAAAGAGAGAAUGGGGAUUGGACUGAAUUUUACUUCUGCAUCCAUGGCAGCAGUUGCAAUUGUAGAGAGUAUUGAUCGGGAAAUUGGUGUGGAACAAGGAUUUUCGGAUGAUUCACAAGCCAUAGUGCACCUUUCAGUAGUUUGGUUACUACCCUACCAUUUCCCGGUUGGCUUGUCUGAGGCUUUUGUUGCAGUUGGGCAGACCACAUUCUUUUAUUCAGAAUUACCUAAAACAAUGUCUAGCAUUGCAUCCAAUCUUUUCAUAUUAGGCAUGGCUGCUGCAAGUUUGGUAGCAAGUUUUAUAACAAGCACAGUUGAUGAUAUUACCAAAAGAUUAGGAGGAGAGAGCUGGGUUUCAAGCAAUAUCAACUAGGCUCAUUAUGAUUACUACUACUGGUUUCUUGCAGGUUUGAGUCUGCUUAAUUUUAUUUACUUCCUAGCCUGUAGCAAAGCUUAUGGUCCUUGUAAAGAAGAUGAAGGUGAAAUUUCCCCCCAAGGAGAUGACAUUUAGCGAUGUCUCUGCGUGCUGUAUAAUGUCAAUUAGUACUUCAUUU